UCUUGUCUUUUCCCACGUGACUUACAAAAUGGCAGACGACACGAAAACCAUGGACGGUGCUCAUAUACUUUGUACUGCACUGAAAGCUCAGGGAGUUGAGUACAUGUUUGGAAUUGUUGGAAUUCCUGUCACAGAAAUAGCAAUGGCAGCACAGGAAGUUGGAAUAAGAUACAUAGGGAUGAGAAAUGAACAAGCAGCAUCCUAUGGUGCUUCAAUCAUUGGCUAUAUGACAAGAAAACCUGCUGUUUGUCUGGUUGUCUCUGGACCAGGACUGGUACAUGCCUUGGCUGGCAUGUCAAAUGCUAUGGAAAACUGCUGGCCAAUGAUUGUGAUUGGUGGAUCAAGUGAACAAGACCAGGAAGGGAUGGAUGCUUUUCAGGAGUGUCCUCAGGUUGAUAUUGCACGUCCUUUCUCAAAAUAUACAGCAAGACCAAAUUCAACAGGAAGAAUUCCUUUCUAUGUUGAAAAGGCAGUGAGAUUUAGUACCUUUGGUAGACCAGGUCCUGUGUAUUUAGAUUUUCCAGGCAACAUGAUUAAUCAGAAUGUCCUUGAAAAAAAUAUCAGUCCUUUUGUUGUAUGUCCACCACCUCCAUUGACCUUAGCUGACCCUGACAAAGUGAGAGAUGCUGCAGAUUUAUUGUACUAUGCCCAGAAACCUCUUGUUAUUAUUGGGAAAGGAGCUGCAUAUGCACAAGCAGAAAAUUCUGUCAGAGAGCUAGUGGAAGGAUGUAAACUGCCAUUCUUACCAACACCAAUGGGUAAAGGUGUACUACCAGAUGACCAUCCACUGUGUGUGGCUCCAGCUAGAUCAAAAGCAUUGCAAGAAGCUGAUGUAAUAGUGUUACUUGGUGCUAGGCUUAACUGGAUUCUGCACUUUGGUCUACCUCCAAGAUUCAAUCCAAAAGUCAAAAUUAUCCAGAUUGACAUAUGUGCAGAACAGAUGGGAAACAAUGUACAGUCAGCUGUCUCUCUUGUUGGAGAUUGUGGUGCUAUAAUUCAACAGAUAAAUGAUGUUUAUGGAAAAAUGCCAGGAAGAUUUGCUUUCAGUACCAAAUCACCUUGGUGGAAAACAUUGAAUUCUAAAGUUCAAGCUAAUCAGAAAUCAGUACAGCAAAUGAUAGAUGACAAAUCUGUUCCAAUGAAUUACUUUGCUGCUUAUGAUGAGAUAAGAUCACUACUACCAAAAGACUGCAUUAUCGUCAGUGAGGGAGCUAACACAAUGGAUAUCAGUAGGACCAUGAUACUGAACAGUCUGCCUAGACACAGAUUAGAUGCUGGAUCAUAUGGAACAAUGGGUGUAGGACUUGGAUUUGUUGUUGCAGCAGCAGCUUGGUGUAAGGAUCAUACCCCAAAUAAAAAAGUUGUAUCCAUUCAAGGAGACUCAGCUUUUGGAUUUUCUGGGAUGGAGUUGGAGACGAUUUGUAGAUACAAACUGCCAGUUGUAAUGAUAAUUAUGAACAACAAUGGCAUUUAUAAUGGAUUGGAUGGAGAGUCAUGGGAAUCACUACAGGAUACAGAUCUUCCUUUAAAUCUUCCUCCAUCAUGUUUGACUGUUGAUGCUCAUUAUGAGAGAAUGAUAGAAGCUUUUGGUGGCAAAGGAUAUUUUGUCAGGACUGCAGCUGAAUUAAAAUCUAGUCUAACUACAGCAUUAAACAGCAAGGAUCAAAUCUCUCUGAUAAAUGUGAUGAUAAGUCCACAAGCUCAGAGAAAACCCCAGGACUUCUUCUGGCUGACAAAAUCAAAGAUGUGAUAACUGUAUACCAGUAGUUAUUUUUGCUACUUAUGGAUUUGAUUGAGAAUCCUGGACUAAUUCACUGCUUAAACAGAACAGCAUAGGUUGUUACUUGUCAUUUGUUUUAGUCAUAAUAAUUAGAAUGAUAAUCAUAUUGCCAAUUACAUGUAGAAAACAAAACAGAAAGAAAAGGUUGAAGAGAAAAUUCAAAUAUAACGUAAACCUCCAUUAACAUUGUGAACUUUUAAUGAAGGAACAGAUAUAAAAAUGUAAAAAAGAGUCAUAUAUAAUAAUACAUUGUAGUUAUGAAGGAAGUAUCUUAUUAUCAUUAGUCAUAAAAAUGCAACAUAAAAUAUGUGACAGAUAUCAAAUAAUUGACCACAGUGCCAAAUUGCACGAAGAACAACAUUUUAACAGGACUAUCUUUGAAUAGGUUGCAAUAAAUUUGUUAUUCAUCAUGAUUUGCAUCAUAGUACAGGGUUGUCUGCUCUUUGGUCAGGUUGUUGUCUCUUUGACAUAUUCCCCAUGUUCCCCAUUUGCAUUAACAAUUUUAUUUAGGAGAUUUGAACAUCAGUAAACUACAGUUGAAUCUAAUUUUCAGACAUGAUUUAUGUUAAACUGAAAUAUCUCCUUUUAGUUCUCUCCCUUAACCUUUUGAUAAAAAAUCAUUAAGUAAUAGGAAGCAAUUGUUAAGUUCGGAAAAAAUACUUUAUAAUUUUGGUACGAUAAACAAUAAAAACAAAGGUAACAGAAGGAACUAGCUAAACAUAUAAAACAUAUGCCAUCCAAAACUUGAAAUUGAACAUCAUUAUUACAUUUGAUCUCAAUUCAGUUCGAAUUGAAUUUAUUCAACCUUUUACAGUGCUAACUUAAUGCACAUCUUACAACAUUCUUGGUCUCAUUUACAUGACAGAAGUCAUGAAUAUAUAUUAUAUAAAGAUCUUUGUAUCAGAAGCCAAUUCAUUAAUGAUAUUCUGUAACUUGCACAAACUAAUAUAACUGAUAGAUAUGUGGAAAAAAAGAUAAUCAAAUUGGUAUGAUUGCAAUGAGAUCCUGAAUGUAAUGUUGUGAGAUCUUUGUGUAUUUAGCAUUAAUGAAAGGCCUACUAAGAUGUUAUUUCAAUAAUAUUAACCCUUUAUUCCCACCUUCUAUAAUUACACAUUUAUUUAUCAGUAGGUGAUCAUUUUAUCAUUUACUUCCUAACACAUUAUGCUACAGUGACAACAAGAAUGUUUCCAACGUCAAUAGACCAUUUCACAAAUUUUACAAUUUAACUGUUUGUGGUGUUAUAUCCCAUCAAACAAGCAAAUAAACAUGCAGAAUGUAACACCUGAUGCUGGGCAAACUUUCAAUAUGAAUUUUAAU